AUGGAGCGUAUUGUGAACUGUCAAAUUGUGAAUCACCUUGAAAAACAUCAUCUCUUGUCAACCAAGCAGUACGGAUUUCGCAGUGGCCUUGGAACAGCGGACCUACUAGCAGUGCUUGGGCAUGAUUGGUCGCUGGCACCUGGUUCUGGUGGCUGUGCCCACAUCCUGGCUGUCGACAUUGCUGGUUCGUUUGACCGCGUGUCGCACCCCGGCGUUCUACACAAAGCAGCCACUCUCGGUAUUGGCGGUAGCCUGCUGCAGUGGCUACGGGACUAUUUGCGGAAUCGCACACUAAGCGCAAUCGUCAAUGGACAGGAAUCUGCUCAAUUCCAGAUUAAAGCUGGCGUACCCCAAGGCAGCAUCCUGGGACCCACCUUAUGCUUGAUGUACGUCAACGAUGCUGAGACCUGCCUUUCCCCAUCAACGCGAAUGGGUGUGUACGCAGAUGACACCACGCUGUACACCAUCAUACGAUCCAGAGAUGACUCUGCUGGCAGUAUUGCAGACAUGCAAUCUAGCCUGGAUCGAUUGAGUAGCUGGGGAGAACAAUGGCGAGUUCGCUUUGAGCCGACAAAGUCGCAGCUGCUGCAUAUUGGCCACCACCGCAACCCCUGGCCACUCCCAGACCUAAUGUUCGGAGCCCAUUAUAUUCCCUGCGGGGACGAGCUGAAGCUCCUGGGAGUGACCUUCGACAGCAAACUCACCUUCAGACGCCACCUCCGCAAUGUUUCUCUUUGUGCUGUAGCCCGGCUAGGAAUUCUGCGUCGAGCAUCAAGUUUCCUUGGUCGUGAAGGACGCUUGACAACGUACAGAGGCUUUGUACGCCAUGUACUCAAAUACGCACCAUUGACAUGGAUGGGCGCAGCCAACUCUCACCUGCAAAGUCUCGACCGAGUACAGCGGAAGGCCCUUGCUAUCAUUGGUCCUGACGCCUUGCUGCAGAGCCUAGCUGCCCGCCGCCAAGUGUGCAUUCUCACGCAACAACAACAAGAACAACAACAACAACAACAACAACAACAACAACAACAACAACAACAACAACAACAACAACAACAACAACAACAACAACAACAACAACAACAACAACAACAACAACAACAAAAACAACAAGCUAGUACAACUCAUCAACAAAAGAUGCGAUUGUCCAAACCAUCCAUACAAGGCUAUGAAGCUCAGGGCCCGAUAGAAGAGGCAAGCAACAAUGUGGAAAUCUCCGAUGCGCCGACUGGUUACGAUAAUAUGCAGGACUUGAACAUUUCGCUGGGUUGUACUGCCGUGCCUAUUUCAUUCCCGCCUGACAGUAAUAUUAUGCAGGAGAUGGAGGCAUUACUAGCCCACGCUCCAAACGCCUGGGGUACACUAGCGGGGCAUGGAGACCUGGGCUUGGCUGCAGGGGAUGAAGAGCUGAUGCCAGUGAUGGCUUUGCUAGACGAAUGGCUACAAGCCGAAAGUCCGGGAAGUGAAAUGACUGGCCCAGCAGUUGAUCAAGUGCCAGUAAUCUCAACAGCUUCCAACAUGACUUCUUCCGGCAGUGCUCAUGCUGAGUCUGCCACUGCGGAUAAACAACAGCAGGAGCAAGGUACCGUCUCAGACCAUCCGUUUCCUGGUAUUCCAGCGAAUGUGAAUGCACAUGGUUCCGAUUCCACCGGGCCACCAUCACUGCCAGGACCUGACCAUAUGCAAACUCCCCGCAAUCACGAGCAAGGGAUGAAUGGAGGUGUUAACGUCGUGACGUCAUCACUGCAUGCUACGUCACUACCAAUGAAGGAGCGGCCCUUUGCGUGUGGUCAUGAAGGAAUACCGGGAAAUGUGAAUGCACAUGGUUCCGAUUCCACCGGGCCACCAUCACUGCUAGGUCCUGACCAUAUACAAACUCCCCACAAUCACGAGCAAGGGAUGAAUGGAGGUGUUAACGUCGUGACGUCAUCACUGCUUCCUACGUCACCACUAAUGAAGAAGCGGCCCUUUGCGUGUGGUCAUGAAGGCUGCAGUCGCCGCUUCCCACGCAAAGACGAGCUGAACCGCCACACACGUACGCAUACAGGCGAAAAGCGGUUUCAAUGCGAAACUUGCAAUACAUGGUUUUCAAGGAAGGACCACCUCACGACACACUUCCGCACACAUACCGGGGAGAAGCCUUAUCAUUGUCCGCAUUGCCCUAGGGAGUUUGCCCGGUCUGACCAAAGGCUUCGCCAUAUGAAAAAAGUUCACAAAUUGCUAGAGUCAAGCGAAGCAUUAGGAGUGCAGCACGGACACUCACCAGGUCUCGGUGGUACGCCUUUGGCUACAAACAUGGUGAGCUUGGCAUCACUGCCCGCACUGAGUACAGCCAGCCAGUUCUCUGCCACAGCAACUCCGCCGGCUAGUAGUGCAGCCUCCGCUAGACCUUUUAAUGGGUGUGCUGCAUCGAUGGGCACCGCCGCCGCCGCCGCGACACAGCAUCAUAAUUAUUCCAUGGGUGUCUCAUCCACGGUAAACGUACGGCAGCCGCAGGAGGAACAUCAUUUGCAGCAGCAGCCACAAGGCCAGCAGCACCAGUACCAUCAGCAUCUGGCUCCAGAUGUGGUUCCAGAACCAGAGCAGGGUACUGGCAUGAUUGGUCAAGCGGACAUUCCUCGUGGAUAACUUCGGCUCAGUAUCCAAAACAUCGUCUAGUCCCAAAAGGACAACAUAUGCUGCGUUGUGCACUGGUCUGGACUGGCAUGCUAUUGCCAAUGUAGUGUAUAUUUAGUGUAUGUGUAUGUGUAUGUGAGAAAAGGGAGAGAGAGUGUGGGUGUAUGUGGGUGUAAUGGUGUGGGCAUGUGUGGAUUUGGCAUUUAAAAGUCCCCAGCUCUAUUCUAUAUCAUUCGCGCUGGAACUGCUGCUGCAUAGCCCCAAGUCUGAAGACUUGGCAACUUUACGCCCAAUCUCUCUCUUCCCCGUUGUAUCGUUCCCUCACACCGGUGAAAAAAUUAAAAAAACUAAUGUUGUGUGGAUGUGUGUGCGACCCACUCUCUUUUUCAUUGCCAAGUCACCUAGGAGUGAAACAUUUCUUCGUACUGAAUGUAAAGCUGUGUAAAUACAGGUGAUCGUCUCUGCUGCUGAUGUUGCUGCUAGCCUUUUUAGCGUGACUCUGUUUCCGCUGCUGUGCUAAUGUUGUUGAUAAAACUCAAUUAUUUUUGUUUGCUCCUGUUUUGGGCUUUGGAUGAUCCCUAUAUCAUGAUACCAUACGCGUUGUUGUUAUUCAUUCAAUUCUUCAUAUGAACUGUAUUGCACCGUCUAGAGCCGUUUCGGCCAAAAGUUUUGUCUGGCACCUUUGAA